AAGCCGAAAUUUGGGCCCCUGGGUUCAAGAUCCUGGACCGUUCCCGAAACUUCGACGACAGUUUCUGGAAUUCAAAUCUCCGACAAUAAUCGGCUGUCGGGAAACGACCAGAACGUUCGUCUGUGGUCUUUAUAAAUAGCCGUCGCCUCUCCUGCUGUGCAACUCGAUCGAGCGAUAAUUCAGAGCAAACCAAGAGCUUCUUAACUUGGCGAGUUCGGUCUUCAAGUUCUCCGUUCUGUCAGAUAAAAAUGUCGCUGAUUCCAAGCUGGUUCAGUGGACGGAGAAGCAAUGUCUUCGACCCAUUCUCCGUCGACCUCUGGGACUACUUCAAGGACUUCCCUUCCACCUCCCUCUCCACUAACUUCCGGGAGAACUCGGCAUUCGUGAAUACGAGGAUCGACUGGAAGGAGACCCCGGAGGCUCACGUGUUAAAGGCGGACCUGCCGGGCUUGAAGAAGGAGGAGGUGAAGGUGGAGGUGGAGGAUGACCGGGUUCUUCAAAUCAGCGGGGAGAGGAGAGUUGAGAAGGAGGAGAAGAGCGAUACAUGGCACCGGGUCGAGCGCAGCUCCGGCAAGUUCUUGAGGAGGUUCAGGCUCCCCGAGAACGCGAGGAUGGAUCAGGUGAAGGCCUCCAUGGAGAAUGGUGUGCUCACCAUCACAGUCCCGAAGGCCGAAGAGAAGAAACCAGAGAUGAAGUCUAUUGAGAUCUCGGGUUGAGGUUUCAUUAGGGGUCGUAAUUAAGUAAGGAAGUGAUCUCUCUUGGAGCCCAAGUAAUCUAGAUUUAAUCGAAAGCAAUGUCAAGAUGUUCGUGAUGGUUGGUGUUGAUCAGUGGAUAAUGUAAUUACUGGCCUUUCGCGUUAUGUAUGCCGCUGUGUAAGUUGUUUGCAUAUCAUUCUGUAAGUCGUAAUCAGUAUUGUCCUGUUAUAUUUUCAAAUUUUUUAUUAAGAUCAUCUCUUGGUAUGCUCGGCAUGCUCUCCA